AUGCCCUUUUCCUCUCUCCCUGCAACCCUUUCUUUCCCACUCUUCACACGUCCUCCCUCACUCACUACCUUCCAAUCCCCCCUCCACCCUUACCCCUCCUCCCACGCCCAAUCCGGCCCUCCCCCCUCUCUCCCCCAUCCCACCCCACUCCCACCCUCACCACUCCACCAUCCAUCCCCGUUACAAGGCCUUCCGCUGCACACAGUAGCGGGCAGCGCGUUCUACAUGGCGCCAGAGGCGGCUGCUGAGUUGGAUGCACACGGGAACAAGGAAGCACGGAUUGCCAUUACCAUGGUUAAGGUGGCUGCCCCCCGGGCAGCUCAAAAAGUUUUGGACAGGGCGAUCCAGGUGCACGGGGGUGGAGGAGUGAGCUCGGACUUCCCUCUUGCCCGCCUGUGGACGGCAGCUCGCACUCUGCGCAUCGCUGACGGUCCAGAUGAGGUGCAUCUGGCCUCGAUCGGAAAGAAGGAGCUGCGGGACUGGCAGAGGAGGAUGAUGAGGGCUGGGAGCAGUGGCAGCUCGGGUAAGGGUGGAGAAGCGUCAGCCCGGUUGUAG